UAAAACGGAACAAACAUUCACCAGUGAAGAGAUCUCGACUGGUCACGAGUUGCCGAAGAUAAAAACGUUUCCCAGCUGAUGUAGGCCACAGUCCACUGACUUUGAUCUGUCAUCGACGCACAGUGAUGGAUGUCACCGUCUGAGUGACUAAGAGGGCAGAUACGCUUCUCCCCAACUCGCUCCGAUAAGAGGUGUUUGCCUGCUGAUGUUGACUGACUGACCGCGCAGUGCCAAGUUGCCCGUUUCCUGGUGGCCGCACACUUUCAGAGUCUCACGGGACAAUGGACGGUAUCCGCAAACCCAAACAACACGGAGGACGCUCAAACUGUGGCAGACUUUUGUUGCUGCUGUUUCUGGCAGGCCUUCAGCCAGUACUGUCGACAGAUGGGGAGACUUCCGAAACAGGAGGACUACAAUUUGACAUUGCAAUCAUUGGUCCGGACUAUGUGACUGUGGGUGUGCCCAGUAGCAUUGAGUGCGCAGCCGACUGCACUUCGUGUACCUUUUCAAUGUCUUUGGAUGGGCAGAGCGCCCAGGGCCAGGGCAAUGUGUUAGCCUUCACCAUCAACAGCUGGACAGAAGCCUUUACAGUGGCGUGCACAGUCACAGACGACAAAACCCUGCAGACCGCCACAACAACAAAAAAACUGAAAGUGUUAGCCGGACCUGCCAACGUUUCCAUCUCAGGCCCAAAUCUGAUGAAUCCGACAGUGAGCCACACCUACAGCUGCCACGCCUACUGUCGGCCAUCUUGUAACUACACCUGGCGGAUCGACAAAGGCGCAUGGAUUGGCGGUCAGGGGAAUGUUAUUUCUAUCAAUCCCCGGGAGGAGGACGACUACAAAACACUCGUCUGCAAAGCCACCAAUAGCGUGUCUGGGCUGUUUGUCGCUGCUACUCGAAACAUAGCCGUGGCAACGGGUCCGUCAGAGAUUCUGAUCAAGGGCCCGGAUGUAAUCGCAAUCGACGAACAGUAUAAGUUUGAGUGCACGUCAGAAUGUCGGCCGUCUUGCCGCUACGUGUCGUCUGUGGACGGUCAGACCGUGAGGGGCAGCGUGAUUGAGCUCACAGUGGAGCACCCGCUUAAAUCCAUCACUAUCAAGUGCGAGGCGCAAAACACUGCCUCGAGGAAGACAGCAACGGCCCUUAAAACUGUCCGGCUGACAGGUUCGGAUCGCAACCCGUCCACUCGUCCUGAAGAGACCUCCGCCGUGCUGCUGCCACCGCUGCUGGCCCUCAUCAUAUCUGCUGCCUAUGCACUUUGAGACUUGCUUACUGUGUGUAUGUAUGUGUGGGAACAUUAUGAUCAUGUUUCUUUGAAAUGCUUUUUAUUUGCUUAACAUAUCUGAUCUAACAUCACUGUUAUUCAUAUCGAUGUUUACAAAUUGUACGUUUUAAAAAAAAAAAUUCUUAUCAUUUGGAACAAUUAAUUAAGCUCUAACAAAGAGCAGGUAUAGAUUUAUGGUCCUGAGCAUCGUGAAAGCGGCCUCUCUCUUUGUCUCUCCGUCUUUGUCUCCGUCAGGCCUUUUCUACGUCCCGUGAAUGCAUUUAUCAUGAAGAAAGGCAGUUAGCCGUGACUCACGUACUUCUGCCCUCACGCUGCAUAUUACACGUUUCCAUUUGUCUCACAUGUUGACUCUGGGCUGAACCCUGUUUGCGCUCUCUAGUAAGACAUGAGGCAGCAAUUUAAUAUGAACCUGUGCGUGUAAAUGGGGGGGGGGGGUUGCACGUGGCUCGUAUUUGCUGACUUGUGAAGAAUGUAUUUGCAGGAUUAUUCUACAUGAGCACAUUUGAAAUGUUUAAACAAAAAAGUGUCCGCACGUAAAUAAAAUGCACUGAUGACUUUUCGA